AUGAUUGACAGCAGGUGUCUGCAUAUGGACCGACUCCUGCCUCCUCCUGCCAGUCAGCAGCUCCUCAGCAGCACCAGGAAGAAACGGAACCAUCAGACUUUUGUUUCUUUUCCUUCAGGUCCGUGGGAGCAGCGGCCUCCGAUCUGCUCCACCAUGAGUCCAAAAAACGUUGUUUUCAAGAAAACCUGCAAAGACAAGUCGGGACUCGGUGUCGGCCGGGGCGACGCUGCAGAAGGUCUACAAGCUGCUGCCGCUGCUGGCCAACAACCGGGAGAGGAGGGGCAUCGCUCUGGACGGCAAGCUGAAGCACGAAGACACCAACCUGGCGUCCACCAGCAUAAUCAAGGAAGGCGUGCUGAAGGAGGUCCUGGGGAUCAUGGUUUCAUAUAAAGUGGUGGUGAAGCUCUCCAUCGGAGGGAUGAUGGGGUCCAGCGAGGUGAGCCUGGAGGUUCCCUUCAAACUAAUGCAUCCCAAACCUGAGCUGGUGAAGGAGAGUGAGCUGGAGGAGGAGCUGGUGUUCCAGGAGUUCAAACGCUCCUACCUGAAGGGGAUCGUGGGAGACGACGAGGACGAGGAGGGAAAUGUGUCGGGGGGUGACGACAUGGCGCCCAAAGAGAAGUAGAGAAGAGCCGACGAGCCGACAGCUGGGAGUUCCUGUCGGAUGAUCCCGGACUAAAGGACCGUUCUGAAGUUUUAUUUCAUGGAGUGAGACAAAAAGUUUAAUCUUUUCUCUCCUGGUUCCAGUUCUCUCUUCUCG